CUCUCACAUUCAAAACUAUUCCUCACCUUGACUUACUAUCAUCAAACUUGUCUCGAGCACACUAUUCCAUCCUUCUUUGUUGACACCUGUUCCAACACAUUCCAUCUUACAGUCUGUAUGUUUACAUCUCUGUUCUAUAUCCUUCCUGUUACUAACGUUCUUUCUCCGUCUCUUACAGGAAAUUGAUGGAGGACUCAGGCAGGACGAGAGAAGGCAGUGCAUAUCUGGUGCUUGCUACGUAGGUAUCAUUGGUCUAGAUGCGUGUUAGUAACCAAGUCAUUAUGGUCAAGCAAGGUACAUGAUGUCCUUUGCACUAUUUUGUCAAGAACUUUAAUAAUCAGGAGAGUGGAGAAACUAAGACGGUAUUUCUAGUUCAAAGAGAAACCAUAUAUUUGAGAGUAUGGAUGGGGCGUGACAUCCCUUGCUAGUUAGAAGGAACUAUGGAGACUCAAGCAGGAUUUCCUGGAGGGGGAGGUGGAGGUACGGGGUUAGGAACAGGAAGUAUCGGAUUUGGAGUUGGUGGGGUAGGAGGCGUAGCAGGAGGAGAUGGUGGAGGAGCAACAGCAGCAGUAUCAGUAGCAACACCUACAGCAGGAGGCUCGAUAGCAGCAGUAGCAGGAAGAACAAUGAUAAGGAGAGCCAGUGUGGGCAGCCAGCCUGCGCAGGAGCGCUGGGUCUGUCCCAACGAUCGUCACCUGGCACUGAGAGCAAAGCUAAAGAUGGGUUGGUCUACUAGCCAGCCUGCACCCAUGACUCGCCAAGACUCACUCACUGAAGCAGAAACUAAGAUGAUCCUCGAGGUGAUCAAGCGAGCCGAGCAACUUGAACUCAACGAGCAGCAGAGGAUAGGGCGUCUGGUGGAGAAGGUCGAGACGAUGAAGAACCGCAUCCAGGGGAACGGCAGUAACAACUGUAUAUUGUGUGGUGAAGGUCUCUCACUGCUGAGGACCUCCACUCUGGUCUGUGCUGACUGUAGCAAGCGUGUUUGCAGUAAGUGUGGUGUGGAGGGCAGCAGUCCUGGAGGUGAGAGGCUGUGGUUGUGUAAGAUCUGUGCUGAAACCAGAGAGAUGUGGAAGAGAUCUGGCGCGUGGUUCUUCAGAGGCAUCCCUAAGCACAUCCUUCCCACCACCACAGCCUCAGCCCCCUCCUCCACCACACGCAGGGGGAGACAGCCCCCCAGAAGAGCCCACACCCUCGCUUUUAAAGGUGAGGAAGCUGGGGGUGGAGAUUAUGUCUCAGCUAACCAGCCCCGCCAACCCGCAGUCAAAAAAGCCGUUAAACCACCCCAACCCGCCAGUCAAAAGCCCGUUAACCAGCCAGCCAACCAGCCACUAACCCCACCCAACCGGCCAGCAGCAACCCGCCCGCCAACCCGCCCCCCCAACAGCCAACAGCCAGCAAUCGGGCCCGUCAACCGCCCACAAAACCAGCCCCGCAAAAAGCCGCCAACCCGCCAGCCAACAGCCAACCAGCGCCAGUCAACCAGCCACCCAAAAACCCGCCAGCCCCCCCAGCCGCCAACCGCGAAUAACCCGUCAGCCAGCCAACUAGCCAGCCAACCAGCCAGCUUACCAGCCGUAACCAGCCCGCCAACCGCCGCCAACCAGCCAGCCAACCAGCCAGCUAACCAGCCCAAAAAGCCCAGCCCCCCCCAACAGCCAGAUAACCAGCCGCCAGCCAACCCCCCAGCCCCCAACCAGCAAACCCGCCAGCCCAACAGCCAGCCCGCUAACCGCAGCCACAGCCCGCCAACCGCCCGCCGCUAA